CGCACAUACCCAUGUGCCAGAUAACGGUGUAUUUUUAGCAAACAUCGAAAUGUUUAAUUUCAGCAUCUUGAGAAUCCGCGUAGGGAACUGACCUAACCUUAUUUAAUUUGACUAGGGUUUUCCACUCUUGGAUUUAAGACACAACCGUAAAAUGUUUUUCGUGAAGUGUUUCCUUUUUUUCGUCAUCUUCAAGUUGCUCCUGCUGACAGUUCUGUCAUCUAGGAACUGCGCUGAAGAAAACGGUCUAGAUAGCGAUGUUUUCCAAAAACUCCACGAUAAGACCUACAUGAACCCAUCCCAAGCAGAGCUCUGUGCCUUGAAAUGCAUGUACGAAAAGGGAGAAACGCUUGAUAGUGAAGGCUACGCGACCACGAAAUUCCAAGGUGCCAUAGACGGUAGUAGAAAACUGACGAAUACCCAAAAAGAAGAAUUCAAGCAGUGCAUAACCCAAGCAACACCUGUGAAAAAAUGUCACGAUGUAGCUGCUUUCACACACUGUAUAUUUAAGUAUCUGAUGGGUUGAAACUGAAAGGAUGUUUCAGAAUUAUUUUGUGUAUAUUCGAAUAUAAAUUUGCAUUUAA